AUGCGCGUUCUGGUCGGGCGGAGUUGUUUCUUACAUAGUUUGCGUUCAAGGUACCCCUACAACGCAGCCAUUUCGAAAUUUCUUAUUGCGAAUAUUUGCGGAUACUCGCGCAUAUAUUUACUUUGCAAAUUAUAUUGUUCCGUAAGAUAGGAAGCGGGCGAUAGUUUUGUGCCACAGUUAAAUCAAAUGGUUACAUGUGCGUGUAUGAAGUUAACUUCAAAUGUUUUUUUCCGCGGAGGUAAAUGAGACGUAGCCCACGAAUUUACAAUUGAAUAUCUCCAUGAAUUGUUCGCCGAGAAGCUAUAGCUUGUAUUGCAUUAUAAUUAUACUUGCAUUAAUGCAAUUGCCCAAAAUUUGUGAAAAUACACAUAUUGAAAAGGCAAAGAUAGAUGAUGUCAAGUGAAAGAUCAAUUAAAUAUGAAUAGCGUGCAAUAUACGCACCAAAACCCUGACUACAGACGAUGGUAUAGGUGACAAGCCUACUUCUUGGGAAAAUCCACUCUUUAUGCUAUAUAAAUCAAGCUGACGCUUGCCAAGCAAGAAUCUUAGUUUCUUCUUAUUUUAAAUCAAAAAUCGAACUUCGUCUAGUCUCUAACCACUCGGCUCAAUUUGCCAUACAGUUUGCAUAACUCGAGUACUGGUGCUUACUUUGAUAUCCAUGGAAGCCUAGAAAGUAAGUAGACUGCUUACAGGACAUGCUAAAUCAUCAUCCAAAUGCUUGUCUUCUGUAGGGAGGCUUCUUGCAGAAAAAUCGAUGGGCAGGGAAUUGUGGUCUUUAGUAUAAGAAUAACUUUUAUUCGUUACGUGGUAUGAGGGCUGUAUCAUCUCUAGUGCAAGAUAUUUUGAUCGAAAUGACCCAACUCUAAGCUCAUUGUUUUAUUAUUCCCACUCCUAAUUGGCAGUUGCUUUUGGAAGAAUGUUGCUGCUGGUCCACCAGACGUCAUAUUCGGACUGAAUGAGGCCUAUGAUCGCGAUCCCAACCCCAAAAAGGUCAACCUGGGUGCUGGGGCGUACCGUGAUGACGAGGGUUUGCCCUUCGUCCUAUCUGCUGUAAGGACCGCUGAAGCUCGGGUAAUUAUCGGCCAAAACAAGGAGUAUCUGCCGAUAUCUGGCAACCCUAACUUCUGCCGCGAGGCCAUAAAGUUAGCCCUGGGGUCCGAAUCUCCAGUGCUUUUGGAAAAAAGGGUGAGCACAUAGCAUGGGAGCUAAAGAACGCUAUGCAUCAUCACAAAUGCUUUUGUUGCUAAAUAAACGAUUCUUUACCCCACUAGAACGCAACCGUUCAAGGAAUUUCGGGUACUGGGUCCCUGCGGAUCGGAGCCGCUUUUCUGGUAGUCCUUGCGUUAUUAAUCAAAAUGCUACAUAUCCUCCCAUAUAGGAGAAGUUCGCGCCCUCUAGAACUAUAUGGCUGCCAACUCCAACAUGGGGUAAUCAUCCACCCAUUUUCAAGUAAGCUGCGUCACUUUUCGUUUUUGUUAUUGCCCUAAAACUAGCAUGCUGCUCAAAGUGGGAAUUGGACAGAAACUUUCGUGAUCACUUCUAAGAGUUAUGCCCUAACUUUCUUCCCUCUGAAUGGAAACUUGGAGCUGUUGGAUGGGGGUCCACUGAAGCUGCCAAUCAGCUUGCCUCCUGUAAAAAGAAUGGAUAUGCUAAGAUGCGAACGGUUUCGCAACGACAAACCUCCUUGUUAAAUCGCCGACAGCUUAAUCAUCAUUAGCUAUCCCACAGAUCGAUACCACGAAAAGACUUGGUCUUCAUAUCUACACACGCGGCGUUUAUGACUCCGACAUCGGGAAUAGUGGGUGAAGCAAUCGGUGCAAGAACACGUCAGCACUGAUACGCUAUCUUAGUCUAACGACUGGACCUCCUCGACAUUCUCCUAUGCCGCCUCUUACGCAGACUUUCUCAGUGCUAUGAUUUUCGGCCCUGCGCCAAACUCGCUUUCGUCAAGCCUAGGAAUGUCUGCGGCAGUACCCCUUGAUUGACACUGCGCGUCUCGCCGCGGUGUUCUUAGGUGGAGGUUGCGGUGAUCAUUUAGUCGACUGGCUGGGCCGCCUGCAAUGACUUGGUGACUACGUUGGCUUUCUGAUCCUUUAAGGGUAUUAGCGUAAGGAAUCAUCAUUGUGGUACAUUGCUUGAGUCCUCUGGGUUCGGCAUCGUCGGCCGAACCUGGCGACUCAGGCGUUGAUAUGAUAAUUUUAUUCUUCUGAUACUUCGUUCCCACUGAAAACGAAAGCAGAUAAAUGUAGCAGGUACACAUAGGAAGAGGUCGAGCUUUAGUUUGAUAUUGUCGGUCAGCCGGCGUAUAAAGAGAGCUUAAUUAACAGCCUUUGGAGUUGCUCCUCCGGCCGACCGUAUCAUUUCAGUUUACAGGUCAACAAAGUAGAUGUUUCAACAUCUUAAAUCUCCGGUGAAACGACGAAUCACCUCGAGUAUCCCGAAAACCAAAAUACGUUUUGCAUUAGAUUCAACAGUCUGCAACAUGAGUUCAGCGGCUUCGAACUAUUAUCUUGUGACUACGUGACUCACCGGGGUGAGUAUGCGAAUAACAUCUUUGUUUCCAUCGAUAGGGACCAAGCGUAGAGAUUUCAAGAUCGAUAUAGGAAAAAGAAAACAGUCAAUUGACCUUCCUUGAUUUACUCCUCGACCACAUAGCUUCAGGAGACCAAGAAGCUAUAGUUAUCAGGAAAACGAUAAUAACCAACGCAGCAGCAGAGAACUGGAAGACAAAGUUGCCGAUUUUCGAUUUCUUCGACUGGCAGGCAAACGUCGCAUCUCGAAUAUUUCCAAAUUCACUUUGACCCAACUGUGAAAGACUCGAUUCGAACCCAGGACAGUAAGGGAAGGCCUUAGCUCAGCCAACGCUCUAGCCACUUGAGCUACCAGGCCCCACCGGACGACGGGCGUUUAAUCACAUUUGGGUCAAGUUACCCGCCCAACCUACUGCAACGUCUGGAAUCCACCAAAUCUCAUACAUUAAGCUGUCUGACAAUAGAAGCGAAGAGACGAGUUCCAGGAAGCAGUUUCGAAGGAGACACGAUCGCUCGGACACGAGCUUUAUUAGCCUGACGUUUCGGAUUCCUGCUCGAACCUAUCAUGAGAGACAUAAACAGAUACGGGUGGUUCAUGCACAGGGGGCUGCAGUAUUUAUGGGAUGCAGUCUCCAUGCCACCGCAUACCUAUCAAUAUUCACGACUCCCCCCUUCAUCAGGGAGGACUGUUUGAUGGCCGACAUUCGCGUCGUUAAUUGCUGCAAUUUGAUCACGUGCAUUAGAUGUCGGUGUGAUGAUUGCUCGACCAUCUGAUCCACAGACCCUGGCGUCGGGAAAAGUGUUCGCUCUUGCGCUUCCCGCGUAGCUAAUUACUUCGCCUAGGCGAAGUCUCAGAACUGAGCUACGAGGCCCCACCGGACGACGCGAGUUUAAUCACAUUUGGGCCAAGUUUACCCGCCCAACCAACUGCAACGUCUGGAGUCCACCAAAUCUGAUACAGUAAGCUGACUGCCCAAGCAAGAUUUCCUAAGUAAUCUAGAAUCUAUCAGAUGUCUACCAGGUUUACGUAAUUCAGAGGUGUUUUGGCAGAUUUCCGGGGAGCCGGAAUUUGGAAUUUGAAUUUCGGAUAGGCAACAGGCAUAGCAUAUUAUCAGACUUCGAUUAGCGUGGUGGAGUACUCAGCUGAGGCUGAGUACCUCCCACCCACAGAGUUCAAUUUUUUUUCAGCAUUUGUUCACUUUUCUUCUUUACCAGUCGUGUGUAUCACACCUUCUAAAAUUUCUAGGACAAGCAGGUUACUGUGUUUGCACUUUAAUCGGCGCCACAAACGUUCUGAAACGUUCCCAUGGUCUUUUCUUUCGAAAGGCUGUUCCUGCUCUAAAAAUGCACAGCUGAGGGUUUGCCAAGUCGAGUAAUCCUCGCUGCACGUAUUACAUUCCCCAACCCACUCCUCCGGUUUCAGUCACGCUGGGCUGAAUGUUAAAUUCUACCGGUAUUACAACGCGGAAACGCUCGGUGUGGACAUCUUCGGUCUUUUGGAAGAUCUUUCCCAGAAGAUCCCUGACGGCGACACUGUCCUCUUUCAUGCCUGCGCACACAACCCCACUGGUAUCGAUCCAAGCCCCGAGGAGUGGAAAGAGAUCGCGUCCAUCUUCUCCUCUCGGCCUCUGAUACCCUUCUUCGACAUGGCCUAUCAGGUGCGUGUUCAGUGUCACCAAGCGCCACUGCGUUCUUGCAUUCCUACUGCCAGUUUUCAUGAUCGCUGGCCGGGAUAA